AUGUGCCCGUCCCCAUGUGCCCGUCCCCACGUGCCCGUCCCAAUGCGCCCGUCCUCAUGUGCCCGUCCCAAUGCGCCCGUCCCCAUGUGCCCAUCCCCACGUGCCCGUCCCCAUGUGCCCAUCCCCAUGUGCCCGUCCCAAUGCGCCCGUCCCCAUGUGCCCGUCCCAAUGCGCCCGUCCUCAUGUGCCCGUCCCAAUGCGCCCGUCCCCAUGUGCCCGUCCCAAUGCGCCCGCCCCAUGUGCCCGUUCCAUAUGUGCCCGUUCCAUGUGCCCAUCCCCAUGUGCCCGUCCCCACGUGCCCGUCCCAUGCGCCCGUCCCCAUGUGCCCAGCCCCAUGUGCCCGACCCCACGUGCCCGUCCCAUAUUCCCGUCCCCAUGUUCCCAUCCCCCAUGCAUGUGCCCGUCCCCAUGUGCUCGUCCCAAUGCGCCCGUCCCAAUGCGCACGCCCCAUGCGCCCAUCCCAUGCGCCCGUCCCCAAGCGCACGUCCCAUGCAUGUGCUUGUCCCCAUGUGCCCGUCCCAAUAA